AACUACCAUACCACAUGCAUAUAAUACGUGUCUUUUUUUCUUUCUUUUUCAAAUGUCAAUUUUUCAUUAUAAAUUGAUCAGUUGCUAAAUAUUAUUUCACACAUCAAAAUCGGCUAGGCAUUUUUCCUUUUGAGUGUGCUAGAGAAAAAUGGAAGUUAUUAAUGUAAAUCAAUGGAACAAUGAAGCUGAUACCGAUGAAGUUGAAGAAAUCAGCUUGCAACGAAAGAGUGUUGUCCAGCAUAGUAGUAGCAGCAGUAGCAGCAGUUCAGAUAAUAAUUACAUAGAAGCAAAAGGUGGAGGCCUAGACUUUAUUGAAUCUGAUGAGACAAAACCAAAAUUUGAAGUGGAGAUAAAAGAAAGGAAUGCUGAAAUGAUCAUCCAAAAAGAGGAUAUUGAUGAAAAUGACACAAUUUUACCCGCUUCUGAUCCUCCCCUUCCUGAGGAUUCUACUUCUUUGAUCAAUGUGACAAAUGAAAGUGGCACAGUUAUUGUAGUAGAAGAAAAUGGCCAAGAAAGACAAGAAUUUUAUUUGGAAAAGGUGUUUGAGAAACCACCAACACAUGGAUUCUAUUGUCCUAACUGUAAUGUUUGUAUCCAAAAGGUGUACAUUCAAAAGAUCUACAUUCAACCUGUGCAACAACCUGAUACAAUAAGAUGCACAUCAUGCUUCAGUUUCCUCAUUCCAAUAGGUAGCUGGUUAUUCCCUGGAUUGGUAUCUAAUGGAGAUGGAGAAUCAAAUGAUCAAGGUUUAUCAAGUAACCAAAGAAAUCCUGAAGUCACUGAACAAACAUUCAAAGUUGCAUCACAACAUGAAGCUGAUUCAAUACUUGGUCAAUCUGAGGAAGUGAAUCAAUCUAUAACCAGAGGUACCAAAACAGUCACUAAAAUUGUAGAUGACACAGGAAAACAAACCAUGCAAAUCAUUGAAGAUGUGGUUAUUUUUGGACGUCAAAACGGCGAAGUUGUAACAAAAAAGAAACAUUUUUGGAGUGAUUGGGGUGUAAUAGGUGGUACUAGUUCUGAGGUUGCAAAAACAAAGAAACCUGAAACAGGAUCUACAGACAAUAGUGAUUGGAAAGUUAUAGGUUCAGUUUCUCAGACCACUUUGUCCAAACAACCUGAAAUUGACUUUGAAGGCAAGAAACAGUCAGACUUUGUCGAAGUUAAAGUCGAGGGAUCAUCGUCCACAGGAUCUGCUGAGGGAAUAGUUCCCCCUGUAACUUUAAGAACACCACUUCUUACUGAUGAUAGUAAUCCACCUGCACCAGCAAGUAACAGGCCAUUGGAGAUUCUGAAAAGUAUCGUGUAUGGUGGUUUGACUGAAUCAUUAGCAAGUCUUAGUGUCGUAACAUCUGCAGCAAGUGCUGAUGCUGCCACAUUGAACAUUGUUGCUCUGGCUAUUGCAAACUUGAUUGGUGGUCUUUUUGCCCUUGGUCACAGUCUUAGGGAACUAAAAGCUAAUGAACCAAAAAGAUCCAACACUGAAGCAGUGGUAGAUCAAUACAAUGAAGUGCUAGGCCAGAGGAAGAAUUUCAUUCUUCAUGCAUUUAUUGCAAUCUUAUCAUUCAUUAUUUUUGGACUAAUACCACCAGUUGUAUACGGCUUCACAUUCCGUGAGAACGAUGAAAAGGAUUUCAAGCUAGCAGCAGUUGCAGGAGCUUCACUUUUAUGCAUCACAUUGCUUUCUAUUGCUAAAGCUUAUAUCAAGAGACCAAACAGUUACUCAACAUAUUUUCAAACUGUGUUUUACUAUGUUAGCACUGGUGCUGUUGCCACAGUGCUUUCUUACUUAGCUGGUGAUAUGAUGAAGAAACUCAUUGAAAAGCUUGGAUGGUUUGAACCGGCAUCAAGUUUCGACUUGCAGAAUCAACCUGGAUUUGGAUCAUUUUAAUAAUAAGGAUUGUUGAAUUUGUUGCGGAGAUUGAUGAGUGUUUUUCUUUCUUCUUGUUCAUGUUUAUCUUUACAUUUUGUUUUGGAUUUCAAUUUCAAUUUUUGUUAACUAGGAAAAAUGUCCUUCCUGUUUCACAAUUUUAUGAGACUACAGAUUUGAGUUGUUCUGCUUCAAUGACUUUUUAGUCAUGUAUGCUAUAUUUUGUUAAGCAAAAAAAA